AUGUGGCAACACCGAGGCAAGCCAGCAACACCUCCUCCUCCUCCUCCGUCUUCGGCAGGUGAAGAUAAUAUGCCAACUGGAUGUAACAGGCUAGAUCUGGAUUCCAGACUUGCGACCGUCAUCACUGCACGAAAAGCUGGCUUAGGAAGGGCCUUUGGGGCAUCACAUCGAGGAGGAAUUCGGCCGAGCGGACUAAGGGAAGGGCUUUCUCUCCUUGGGGAACGGAAGGACAAAAGGCAACACCCAGGGUCAAGGUUUCCUCUCUCGGGAGAACCAGCGCCGGUCUCGGUGGAAGAAGAUUUAACUCAGGGAACACACACACGGACGACGCCGCUGGUGGCGGCCGCUGGAGCAAUACUGAGGGGCGAGCGCGGUGGCAGCGGCGGCGGCGGUGGCGGCGGCGAGCGGCGCGGCCUCUUCGCCGCUCCAGGAGGGGACCGGCCGGGGGGAGCGAAGGGGCGAACCGGCAACUCGACGCGGCGGAGUUGCCAGCGAGUCCCUUUGCGCGCGCGGGGAGCUGGAGGCUGGGGGGGGGGUGGGGGUGGUGCUCGGAGGGAUGACGGCGACGGCGACGGUGGCGGAGGCGGUGGGGACGGCGGAGGCGUGCGGGUGUCGUCAGGAGAAGACGGAGGAGGGGUCCAUAACGAUGCUAACGGGAAUGAUAAUGGUUGUCAGGACAAUGAGAGUGACAGUAGAAGAAAGUACAAGAAUAAAACCGGCAGUGUUAUCG